AUGGAAAAAAUCCUCACAGAGGGGAUGAUUUCAUCUCGUAUACGGUUCAUGCUGCAGGAUGUUAUAGACCUGAGAUUGCACAACUGGGUGUCCACAGGACCCGACCAGGGUCAAAAAAACAGUGAUCCGAGCCACAAGGUGCCAAAGAUUGAAGAUCAGGAGGAGCCAAGACAAGAGCAGCAGCAACUCCUCUCCAAAGAGACCCAGAGACAGCCAGAUCCAAGUGAGCAGAGGGAUCAGGGCGUACAGAGAGAGGAGCCGGGCAACACUGUGCCCAAAGAAAAAAACAGCAGGACCACCGACCCAAAGAAGGGCCAAAAGGUCCUCAAGGACCUGUUCAAGAAGGUCCGCAUUAUCCUGGACAAGCAGACGCCUGAGAAGUUCGACCAGCUGAUAAAGAAGUUGACGGACGUGACCUUCGACACGGAGGAGCGGCUCAAAGGAGUCGUGGACCUGGUGUUUGAGAAAGCCAUCGACGAGCCCAGCUUAUCGGUGGCCUACGGGAACAUGUGUAGCUGCCUUGCCGAGCUCGAAGUGCCCAUCUCUGAUGAACCCAAUCGCACAGUGAGCUUCAUCAAGCUGCUGCUAAGCCGUUGUCAGCAGGAGUUUGAGAAGGACAAGGACGAUGAUGUGUCAAUUAGUAUGAAGCAGAAGAAGCUGGACUCUGCGCCACGGAGGGAUCGUCACCGACUUAUGCAAGAACUACAGGAGGCCAAGGAUAUUUUCCGGCGGCGUUCAAUUGGCUACCUCAAGUUCAUCGGCGAACUGUUCAAGCUCAAGAAGCUAAAGGCGCCCGUCAUGCAUGACUGCGUGGUCAAGCUGCUGCAGAACCAAGACAACGUGUCUUUAGAGUGUCUCUGCAGCCUGCUCACCAUCAUCGGACAGGACUUUGACCUAGAGGAGGCCAAGCCUCGGAUGGAUCGGUAUUUUUACGAGAUUAAAAAAAUCGUCAGAGAGGGGAAGACGUGCACUCGUAUACGGUUGAUGCUGCAGGAUGUUAUAGACCUGAGAUUGCACAACUGGAUGUCCACAGGACCCGAUCUGGAAGAGCCGGGAAAAGUGCAGCAGCAACUCCUCUCCAAAGAGACCCAGAGACAGCCAGAUCCAAGUGAGCAGAGGGAUCAGGGCGUACAGAGAGAGGAGCCGGGCAACACUGUGCCCAAAGAAAAGAACAGCAGGACCACCGACCCAAAGAAGGGCCCAACGUUCCCCGAGGUUAUAAACCCUUGGGCGCAGCGACCACAACCCAGGGAGAUCAUCGUGAGCCUGUCUGUGGAUCAAGUGGUUAAGCAGCAGACAUCAGAGAAUGCCCGGAGACCAGGCGGGAAUAGGGAAAGCCUCCCAGCGGAACUAACGUUCAAAGGAACACAGGACCUGUUCAAGAAGGUCCGCAUUAUCCUGGACAAGCGGACGCCUGAGAAGUUCGACCAGCUGAUGAAGCAGGUGACGGACGUGACCAUCGACACGGAGGAGCGGCUCAAAGGAGUCGUGGACCUGGUGUUUGAGAAAGCCAUCGACGAGCCCAGCUUAUCGGUGGCCUACGGGAACAUGUGUAGCUGCCUUGCCGAGCUCGAAGUGCCCAUUCAUGAUGAACCCUCUCGCACAGUGAGCUUCAUCAAGCUGCUGCUAAGCCGUUGUCAGCAGGAGUUUGAGAAGGACAAGGACGAUGAUGUGUUAAUUAGUAUGAAGCAGAAGAAGCUGGACUCUGCGCCACGGAGGGAUCGUCACCGACUUAUGCAAGAGCUGCAGGAGGCCAAGGAUAUUUUCCGGCGGCGUUCAAUUGGCUACCUCAAGUUCAUCGGCGAACUGUUCAAGCUCAAGAAGCUAAAGGCGCCCGUCAUGCAUGACUGCGUGGUCAAGCUGCUGCAGAACCAAGACAACGUGUCUUUAGAGUGUCUCUGCAGCCUGCUCACCAUCAUCGGACAGGACUUUGACCUAGAGGAGGCCAAGCCUCGGAUGGAUCGGUAUUUUUACGAGAUUAAAAAAAUCGUCAGAGAGGGGAAGACGUGCACUCGUAUACGGUUGAUGCUGCAGGAUGUUAUAGACCUGAGAUUGCACAACUGGAUGUCCACAGGACCCGAUCUGGAAGAGCCGGGAAAAGUGCAGCAGCAACUCCUCUCCAAAGAGACCCAGAGACAGCCAGAUCCGAGUGAGCAGAGGGAUCAGGGCGUACAGAGAGAGGAGCCGGGCAACACUGUGCCCAAAGAAAAGAACAGCAGGACCACCGACCCAAAGAAGGGCCCAACGUUCCCCGAGACUGAAAUGGACGAGGACCAGGUUGGCUCCCAGGCUCCAGUCAUAUUGGUGAAGGCUAGCAGUGAAGGAGCCAAGGCCAGUGACUCAGCGCUGCAAUCCAGCCCCUCACCUCGACCCUCCACUGCUCCUCCACAAAAAUCUGAUUCUGACGCCAGGACAACUCUUGGAAGUCGCAGCACAGGCAGAAAGGGAAGAAAGCGUGGAAAGCGCGGUGACAAGCCGCUGAGCGCUGCGCCGCCACUGCCUCAGCCUGGGGCCCAGGAGGACCCAGGAAAAGACUUGGACAAAGAAGGAGUCGUGUCACGGAUACCGAGUGACACCGAAGAGGAAUCUGAGCAAGAGCGCAGAGUCCCAGAGCCUGAGAAACCUGCGCUGUCUCAGGAGAAGAUUGUGCUGGAGGACAUCGCCAAUGAAGAGCAGACCUUCGAAUGUGUGAAGGAGAACCUGGAUGAAUCUAGGUUGAGCUUGUCUCCCUUCAUGAGGGAGUUGAUGUCAGCUGUUUGCGAGGCAGCAGCGAAAGAUAACACCAAGUGCCGAGUGGACAUGGCACUCUUGCAGAAGAGUUUGCCUGAAUUCAACUACCGCAACUCAGACACUAAGGAACAGCUGCAUGCGCUUCACUCCCUUCAGGCUCUUAUCGUCACACUCGAUCAGCCUCCGAACCUCCUCCGGAUUUUCUUUGAUUGUAUGUAUGACGGGGACGUCAUCUCCGAGGACUCAUUUUACUACUGGGGGACAAGCAGUAGACCCGAGCAUCUGGGUAAAGGCGUGGCCCUUAAGUCACUCACAUCAUUCUUCACCUGGCUGCGGGAGGCGGAGCAGGAGUCACAAGAGAAUUGAUGUAACUUAAAAGAUGCAUGUGUUCUCUUGGAAAAAAAU